AAUAACAGCAUAUAUUUGCUUGAAUACUAUUUUUAAACAACAUUAUUUUUUCAACUCAUCUUCAAUGUUGGCGGUGGCAUUUAUACUAGUGUUGCUAUCGUGCGGUAUAUUGGCGUGGCGGAGGAGAAACAGGAAUAAAGAUGAGCCCCCAACUAUCCCGGGCGCUUUGCCACUGAUUGGACAUAUUUACUUGUUCCUUGGAAUCGAUCCACAACAGCUAUGGAAUACAGUGAAAAAGGAGGUCUAUAGAACCAUGAACGCUGGCGGAGUUACAUCCGGUAAUAUCGGACUCAGAAAGGUAUACUUUGUAACAGACCCAGACGACUGUUUGAAAAUCGCCAACACAUGUUUACAAAAGGACGACUUUUACAAAUUCGCAAAGCCCUGGGUUGGUGAUGGAUUAGUCACUGCUGAUUUACAAACAUGGAAAGUACACCGGAAGCUUCUGACUCCAGCAUUCAAUCAGUUUGUACUUGACGGAUUUAUAGACGUUCUCAACAGACAAGCUCAUCGUCUGGUCAAGAAUCUAGAAGUGGAGGUCGACAAAGGACCGUUCGAUCACUUUACCUAUAUUCUGCCUAAUGGUCUGGAAACCACAUGCCUAACUGUUAUGGAAGUGGACUUCAGCGACGGGGGCUUGCUGAACAGCGAAUACGUACAUGCUACAAAAAAUAUGUUAAACAGCAUGGUAGAGAGGUUAGUGAACCCCUGGCUGUACAGUGACGCGGUGUUCAACUGGUCCUCCUUAAAGAGGAAGCAGGAUGAGUAUGUGAAGAUCUUGCACAAUAUGUCAAACACUGUCCUCAAAAAGAGAAAAGCGGAAUACUUGAAUAAUAAACUUCACAAGGGGACCGAAUACACGACAAAAGGUCCAAAAUUCCGAUCUUUCAUGGAGCUUCUCCUUGAAUUAACAAUAGAGAAAGGUGUCUUCAGCGACCGGGAGAUCAGGGAACAUGUUGACACCAUGUUGUUCGCUGGCCACGACACAACAUCAACUUCACUUAUGUACACUAUGCUGUUAGUUGGGUCCUACCCUGAGGUGCAGCAGAAAAUUUUUGAAGAGUUGCACGACGUAUUCGGUGACGAUGACAGGGACGUCACAAAACAAGAUCUAUCCCGGCUGGUGUACCUGGAGGCUGUGUUGAACGAAUCUUUACGAAUAUAUCCCAUCGCGCCCGUCAUGGCAAGAAAACUAGAUCAAGACAUAAAACUACGAAAUUGCACUCUCUUGAAGAAUCGAACGUGUUUUUUGUGGGCUUAUGGAGUACACAGACACCCCAUGUGGGGUCCAGAUGCUGAGGAAUUUAAGCCGGAACGCUGGCUGGAUCCCGCAACGUUGCCUAAAUGCCCCACUGCGUUUGCUGGCUUUGGUAUGGGAAGGAGAUACUGUAUAGGAAAAACAUACGCUAUGAUGUCAAUGAAGAUCACCCUGGCUCACGUGUUCCGACGCUACAGGGUGUUCGGAAAUCACUUGUUGAUGGUGACAAAGUUCGAAGUCAUGCUAAAGCCAGUAUCGGGACACCAUAUAGCAAUUGAAAUUAGGAAGAAAUCGGUUAAAAAUGAAACAUAAUUACAUUAUAAAAUUAUCAAAAUUAAAUCAAAAUCAAAAUCUAUUUAUUUGUUGAAAUGAAAUACAGGAUUUUUUAAUUUUUUCCCCGUUUUUUAGGGUUCCGUACCUCAAAGGGAAAAACGGAACUCUUAUAGGAUCACUUUGUUGUCUGUCUGUCUGUCUGUCUGUCCGUCCGUCCAUCCGUCCGUCCGUCCGUCCGUCCAUCAAGAUUCAUCAAGUCCACACCGAACUCCGAAAAAGUCAUUGUUCGGUGUAGAUUCUGUGAUUGAGAUUUGAGCCCCAUUUAAGCGAAAAAGUCGUUUAAAAAUUGGUCCACCAGGAUAAGCCACCUACAGCGUAGUUGCGGCGGCCGGCGGUUAGGUACUUGGCUGAAAUUAUAUUUCGUACGUUAUGUCCUUGAAUGUCCUUUAAAGUAAUAUAAAAAUUGUGGUUAUAUCACUAAUACAGGUUGUUUUAUUUCAUUUCAAAGAUCGAACGCUCUAAUAAUGAAAAC